GUGUGAUGAAACGUGCAAGUGUAGUAGCGAGUAGCGCCAACUGGCGGUUACCAGCAGCGAUGGUGACCUUAUCCGAGGUGUGGUCCUUUCGAAUUGUGAAGGUAUCCCCACGACGGUCAGUGGUGUACCGUUUAGAGUGGUACCGGUGCCACUUCUUUAAACUUUGAGGCAUGCAGAACGAAAAAAUGAAGUGGAAAUGAUGCUUAGUAUAUAAAGAAGUCCAACUUAGAGUUUAUCAUUGUAUCCAACCAGACACAAACCAAUAGACAUCAUCAUGGCAUUCAAGGUUGUUGCUUUCUUCGCCCUUUUGGCUGUGGCCAACGCUGGUCUCCUUCCCGCUGCCCCAGUGGCUUACGCCCACGCCCCUGUGGCCUACGCCGCCCCAGUCGCCAAGGCUGUUGUUGCUGAAGCCUACGACCCUCAUCCACAAUACAACUACGGAUAUGGUGUUGAUGACCAUCUGACUGGUGACAGCAAGAGCCAACACGAACAACGUGACGGUGAUGUUGUCCAGGGUUCUUACUCAUUGACCGACUCUGAUGGUUUCCGUCGCACUGUUGACUACACCGCUGACCCAAUCCACGGUUUCAACGCUGUCGUCCGUCGUGAACCCCUUGCCGUUAAGGUCGCCGCCCCAGUUGUUGCUAAAGUAGCUGCUCCAGUCGCCUAUGCCGCCCCAGUUGCCCAUGCUGCUUACGCUGCCCCAAUUGCCCACCACGCUUACGCCGCCCCAGUGGCUCAUGCCGCCUACGCCGCCCCAGCGUACGCUGCCUACCAUCACUAAGCAA